AUGGAUGAUACGAAGCAAAAGGUUUCUCCGCUCAAGCAGCAUCCAGUAUUGCAGCAUCCAGUAUUGCCGCUCCUACUAUUGUCCUCCGGGCCACCAAAUGCAACGCAGACAUUGAUUGUCAACUACCCAGCUGCAAAACUAGCGCCGAGCCCUGCAUCUUCGCCGAACAUCGUUGAGCCAUCGAUCGAACGAAAGGGGUCAGUUCAUCCCACUUUGGGAAACUCGAUGGAGUGCGGUGUAUCUCCUGGGACCGACUUCUUCGACGAUCAAUCCUCUGGAUCCGAGUGGGAGGAUGCAGACGAUGAAGAUAGGACACAGACCUUUUCAGAAGACGGAGGUGUUGGAAUGGGCCUGGGCAGCUUAGUAAACUCGCCAGUCAGACAAAAUCACGACUUUGGCAGUGCACCUGGCAAUGAGGGACCAAAGAAGGCAAGGCAAGUGUCUUUCACCUGGAUGGAGAAGGCCAACGUAAAGGUCGUCCACAACCAUGGUUCGAAUGCCAGUACACUAAGAGAUCUGGUCAUGAGCAACACAUCUGAUGACACUGCAAAACAGUUUCCGGAAGUGGCAAAGCCAUAUCCUGUCGAUGCGCGGAGUGGAGCAGCUUGCUCACAAGAACAUGUCCAAGGCCGUCAUCGCCGCAACACGUCAGACAGCGUUAUUGCCGACUCUAUCAUUAACGCCCAUCUCACAGCAAUGCGCUCCUUGAAAGCUCUGUCACCAUCCGGUUCAAUCCCGGAAGUUUCUGGCCACUCAUUCUACUCAGUGACCAGCACUGAGCUACCCAAAACAAGAUCCUUCAGCGACGCACGACACAUCAAACCCUCACCGAUCUCAGUCAAGGACCGCAACAAUCUACCUAGUCACUUCGUCAAGACUCCAUACCCCUUCACUGCCAAGAAAGAGUUCCCGAAACCUGCAACAAGACUACGACAUCACAUUCCAGACGGUCGACUAGACAGUGGUUAUAGUGGACACAGCGGCUGCGGCGGCGAAGGCUCGAUGAACGAGUACUCCGAUCUCAAAGGCAAAUCUGUCCUUGGCCUCAUGCCUAGCGGCGGCCAGCAUGACUUGCCGCCGCUUGAAUAA